GGCAAAUGCCAUAGGAUGACCGCUGCUGGUCCCCUCUUACUGGCUGUGAUAUCGUCUGUCCUGUGGCUCACACGGGGCUUUGACCCGGCUCCCAGCGCCUGCUCCGCUCUGGCUUCCGGCGUCCUCUACGGCUCCUUCUCUCUCAAGGACCUCUUUCCCACCAUCUCCUCCGGCUGCUCCUGGACCCUGGAGAACCCCGACCCCACCAAGUACUCUCUGUACCUCCGCUUCAACCGUGAGGAGCAGGUGUGCACCCACUUCUCGCCCAUGGUGCUGCCGCUCGACCACUACUUGGCCAACUACACCUGCGAGCCGCGCACGGAGCCCGCCAGCCCCCCGCCCUCCCCACACCCUGAGGAGGAGGAGGAGAAAGACGAGGAGGAGGUGGAGGAAGCCGAACUGGAGCUGUGCGAGGCCGCGGGGCCCUUCACCUUCCUGCACUUCGACAAGAACUUCGUGCAGCUGUGCCUGGCGGCGGAACCCGAGGCUGCCCCACGCCUGCUGGCCCCGCAAGCGCUGGAGUUCCGCUUCGUGGAGGUGCUGCUCAUCAACAACAACAACUCCAGCCAGUUCACCUGCAGCGUGCUGUGCCGCUGGCUGGAGGAGUGCCUGCAAGCCCCCGGCGCCCGGCGCUGCGGCCUCACCCAUGCGGGUUGCAGCUGCCAAGCAGAGAGCCCCCCGGCACCGCGGCACAAUGGCACACGGCACCCCACCACCCGCACGCCUGCCCCGCCGCCCGCUGCCACCCCCCAGUGCUGCCCCCAACCUGAGCUGCAUUCUGCCAGUGGCAAUGAGUUCGAGCUGCCCGAGGUCCCCCACGGCAAUGCUGUUGAGGAGAACCAGAAGGUGAAGACGCAGUGGCCACGGUCGGCGGAUGAACCAGGGGUGUACAUGGCCCAGACAGGGGACCCCGCGGCGGAGGAGUGGUCGCAGUGGAGUGUCUGCUCACUGACAUGUGGGCAGGGCUCCCAGGUGCGGACGCGCUCCUGCGUCUCCUCUCCAUACGGGACGCUGUGCAGUGGGUUGCUGCGGGAGACACGCACCUGCAACAACACGGCCACCUGCCCAGUGGAAGGGCAGUGGUUGGAGUGGGGGGCCUGGAGCCGCUGCUCCGUCACCUGCGCCAACGGCACGCAGCAGCGCACGCGCAAGUGCAGCGUCUCGGCCCACGGCUGGGCGGAGUGCCGGGGGGCCCACGCCGAUGCCCGCAAGUGUUCCAACCCCAUGUGUCCCACCGACAGCAAAUGGGGCCCCUGGAACCACUGGAGCCUCUGCUCCAAGACGUGCGACACGGGCUGGCAGCGCCGCUUCCGCAUGUGUGAGGGCACCGGCGUGCAGGGCUACCCCUGCGAGGGCACGGGCGAGGAGGUGAAGACCUGCAAUGAGAAGAAGUGCCCAGCCUACCACGAGAUGUGCAAGGAUGAGUACGUCAUGCUGAUGACCUGGAAGAAAACCGCGGCUGGGGACGUCAUCUACAACAAGUGUCCUCCCAAUGCCACAGGUGAGGGGUGUGGGGUGAGCAUCCCCCCCAGCCCUGGGGGUGCUGCCAUUGAGCCCCCAGCCCUUGUUUCCCCUGCAGGGUCCGCCAGCCGCCGGUGCCUGCUGAACCCCCACGGGGUCGCAUACUGGGGUGUGCCCAGCUUCGCCCGCUGCAUCUCCCACGAGUACCGAUACUUGCAUCUCUCACUGCGAGAGCACCUGGCCAAGGGGCAGCGAGUGCUGGCGGGUGAGGGGAUGUCGCAGGUGGUGCGCAGCCUGCUGGAGCUGAUGGCCCGCAAGACCUACUACAGUGGGGACCUGCUCUUCUCUGUCGAGAUCCUGCGCAACGUCACCGACACCUUCAAGAGAGCCACCUACAUCCCGUCCUCUGAGGAUGUGCAGCGCUUCUUCCAGGUGGUGAGCUACAUGGUUGAUGCAGAGAACAGGGACAAGUGGGAGGAUGCGCAGCAGGUCUCUCCCGGCUCCGUGCACCUGAUGAAGGUGGUGGAGGACUUCAUCCACCUGGUGGGGGAUGCACUGAAGGCGUUCCAGAGCUCACUCAUUGUCACCGACAACCUGGUCAUCAGCAUCCAGCGUGAGCCCGUCUCUGCCGUGUCCAGCGACAUCAACUUCCCCAUGAAGGGCCGCCGGGGCAUGAAGGACUGGGCACGCAGCUCUGAGGACAAACUCUUCAUCCCCAGGGAGGUGCUGAGCCUCGCCUCUGCCGAGCUGGAUGAGUCGUCCCACUUUGUCAUCGGGGCCGUGCUGUACCGCACGCUGGGACUCAUCCUGCCGCCCCCCAGGACCCCACUGGCCGUCACCUCCAAAGUGCUGAUGGUGACGGUGCGCCCACCCACCAGGCCCUCCGAGCCCCUCGUGCUGGUGGAGCUCUCCCACAUCAUCAAUGGCACAUCCCACCCGCAGUGCGUCACCUGGGACUACUCGAGGACCGAUGCUGGCUUGGGAAACUGGGACACGGAGAGCUGCCAAACCCUGGAGACCCUCCCGGCGCACACCAAAUGCCAGUGCCGCCGGCUCGCCACCUUCGCCAUCCUCGCACAGCUGCCCAGAGACCUGGCCAUGGACCCCUCGGGCAGCCCAUCGGUGCCGCUGAUGAUCGGCUGCGCUGUGUCCUGCAUGGCCCUGCUGACACUGCUGGUGAUCUACGCUGCGUUCUGGAGGUUCAUCAAGUCGGAGCGCUCCAUCAUUCUGCUCAACUUCUGCAUCUCCAUCCUGGCCUCCAACGUUCUCAUCCUGGUGGGGCAGACCCAGAUGCUCAGCAAGGGGGUGUGCACCAUGACGGCCGCCUUCCUCCACUUCUUCUUCCUCUCAUCCUUCUGCUGGGUGCUGACGGAGGCCUGGCAGUCCUACCUGGCGGUGAUCGGCCGCAUCCGGACGCGCCUGGUCAGGAAGCGCUUCCUGUGCUUGGGAUGGGGUUUGCCAGCACUCGUGGUCGCCGUCUCCGUUGGCUUCACACGGACCAAAGGCUAUGGGACGGCAAGCUACUGCUGGCUCUCACUGGAGGGCGGUCUGCUCUACGCCUUCGUGGGACCCGCAGCCGUCAUUGUGCUGGUGAACAUGCUGGUGGGCAUCAUCGUCUUCAACAAGCUCAUGUCCCGCGACGGCAUUUCAGAUAAGUCCAAAAAGCAGCGAGCUGGCUCGAAGCCCCCCCCCUGCGGCAGCCUGCUGCUGAAAUGCACCAAGUGCGGCGUGGUGUCCAGCGCGGCCAUGACCUCCGCCACCGCCAGCAGUGCCAUGGCAUCGCUGUGGAGCUCCUGCGUGGUCCUUCCCCUGCUGGCGCUGACCUGGAUGUCGGCCGUGCUCGCCAUGACCGACCGGCGCUCCAUCCUCUUCCAGGUCCUCUUCGCCGUCUUCAACUCCGUCCAGGGCUUCGUCAUCAUCACUGUGCACGGCUUCCUGCGCCGAGAGGUCCAGGACGUGGUGAAGUGUCAGAUAGGGGUGUGCAGGAGCGAGGAGAAUGAAAACUCGCCUGACUCCUGCAAGAAUGGGCAGGUGCAGAUCCUGACAGAUUUUGAAAAGGACGUUGACCUGGCAUGUCAGACAGUGCUCUUCAAGGAGGUGAACACCUGCAACCCUGCCACCAUCACUGGCACUUUGUCGCGCAUUUCGCUGGAUGGCGAUGAAGACCCCAAGCUCAACACCAGCUCAGAAGGCAAUUUGGGCUUCUCCAGCCUGCCGGGCAACAUCCCCACCGCCAGCAUCCUGGUGCAGGUGCCCAAGAUGACACCCAACGUGGUGGCGGGUUUGGAGCUGGGCGAGCCGCCGGCGCAGCUGGAGGCACAGGGUCCUGUCUACCUGUGCACCGAGAGCAGCCUGAGGCCCCUGGAGUACGGCUGGCUGCGGGCGCCAGAGCCACCAAGGGAGAGCGAUUAUAUGGUGCUGCCACGUCGCAGCCUGCAGCCCUUCCAGCGCGAGGAGGGUCCCAGCACUGAGGAAGGGACCCCCCGUCCCACCGGGGCAGGAGAGGGGGAUUCCUACCCCGGCUUUGUCUCGGUGGAGCAUGUCAACGUGAACCUGAGCCAGCCCUACGGGACGGUGAAGCACCCCUAUGGGCUGCAGUUCAAGCAGCACCCCACGGUGCGGCAGAUCCUGGCGUCGGAGCUGUCGGAGCGCAGCCGCACCAUGCCACGCACCGUGCCUGGCUCUGCCAUGAAAGUGGGGUCCCUGGAGAGGAAGAGGUUGCGGUACUCCGACCUGGAUUUUGAGAAGGUGAUGCACACACGGAAGCGUCACUCUGAGCUCUAUCACGAGCUCAACCAGAAAUUCCACACGCUGGACCGGUACCGGGCGCCAGCUGCUGGCACCAUCAAGCGGGAAAAGCGAUGGAGCGUCUCAUCAGGUGGUGGGGAGAAGAGCGUGGCCACUGACACAGCUGGCCCCGAGGACCCGCAGCCGCCGGCCGCACCGCCCAAACCCUGGAGCACAUUCAAGGCGAUGACUCUGGGCUCGCUGCCCAGCGCCCACCGGGACCGCCUGGAGCUGCGCUGCGCGGACUGGGAGGGUCCCUGCGCUGGUCUGGAUGCGGCUGAUGGGGACUUCCAGACGGAGGUGUGAGCCCCGUGCAGGACCAGCUCGGACGCUGUGUUACUCCGUCCUCCUCUGCGCCCGGGGGGAUCCCAUCCGUCGGAGCCAUCCCUGCGGGGGGACCGCGCACCCCACACUCACCCACCGCUCACUUGCGCACCCUCCCGGCUCCCCCCGGGCAGGACCGGCCGCCGAGGCCCUGGCAUCUCCGUUCUUUUUUACCGGGAUGUUUCUUCACGCAGUGCACCGUGUGCACGCGCGCGGCGGCCCCGGGCACCCCACGCACCCCACGCCGGGUGGUGGUCCCGUGGCCGGGCGCCCUCGCCCCGUGGCCGCCCCCUCCCAGCCGUCCCCACCGUCCCCACCCCACGGGGCAGGUGCUGUCGUUGUUGGAAAUAAAAGUUCACUCUCUGUGGUGCCGUGGGGCCGCCACGUGGUGCUUCGUGGUGCCACCGUAGGGACUUGGGGAUGGCACGCGGUGGGGACGUGUCUGUCCCAGCCCUGCCUGCUGUGCCCUGUGCGUGGAUCCCGAGUGGGGCUGAGCCCACCCUGAUGCACUGCUGUGCAAAUGAGUGCAGGAGCUGAGGGUGCUGAAUGACAUGGUAAUUAAUCUGCGA